AUGGAAAUCAACUGCAACCGGGACUACGAAAAUGCCGACACACUCAAAUCGACAGCAAUUUUGUCCUGUGAGGUCAUGUCAUCGUGCUCUAGCGAUCUUAAAGGAGAAAGCGGCAAAAGAAUCAAGAUAGCAUUUCUAAACCGUUCGGUGCCGCUUCUUUGGGCUAACCUGUUUUUUGCUAUUGUUCUUCUAAGUGCUGAAGUAGGCAAUAGAGUGGUCUUGCCUCUAUGGGUUGACUCCGCAAAUGGUACCGUCACCGGGGCGACGAUGAAUCCUUAUUUUGCUUUGUCGUUCUCGUCUAUAGUUUUCUUUAUAAUAUUUGGACUGGGAACAAUGUUCAUUCGAAUUUUUUCGCCUAAAGAUAUCGGCGACACAGAAGAGCGUUUUCCUCAUCUUUUGCUGUUUUUGGUUGGUUUUUGCGAUGCCCUGAAUGGCGUGCUUAUUCUUUUUGCAUGCAAAGGAUCGCGGACACCGCCAUAUCUUCAGGCAAUUCUUGGAAACUUUCUUAUUCCACUGACUGUUUUAUUCAGGUGAGUCCGUUUUAUGUACAUUAAAAAACUUGGUUUUAAAAAACACAUGGCACGUUCACAGGCAUACCAAACUCACGAUGAGAACACAUGUCAGACUCCUCUCUGUAAUAGUGGAAACUCUGAAGGCAAAUCGCUUAAAUCGCAAUGGAUCGAAAAAAAGCAACCGCACAGGAAGCGAUUAAGAACACACCAGGUAAAUAAUUAAAAAGUAAAGCGUUUUUUAGUGAAAAUUCCAGUGAGUAUAUAUCUUCUUGAAUCUAUUACCUGAAUUAUUCCUAUCUAAUUUUAUUCACGGCCAAGGACUUUGAGGAUUACGCAAUAUGAUACCACACGUAUUAAUUGCGGGUUUUCAGUGUCACGCCAUUCAAAAUAGAUCAAAAUCAAAAUCAAAACCAUUCGACAGAUAAAGUCUAGAAUCUGAAAAAUGAAAGCAGGUAAAUAUACAAAGACCCUCGCCAAGAUUUGGGUCAAAGGAAUAAUUCGUAUACGAGAUAUCCGAGGAAAUGUUUUAACCAAAUUUAUAGAACCUUGUAUGGAGCCGGCCAUGCUGGAGCUCAUCCGGAUGAGCUCCAACAUGGCGGACGGAAACCAACAGAAACAUCUGUUACCGAGUUUUGCUACAAAAGCGUGAAUUUACUCCUAGAGGAACUCAUAAACAUUAAAGUAACACUUUUUCUAAUACUUGAACUGUUUAGAUAGCAAAAUUCCUCGAAAAAAGUCACUUUUUUUAACCUAAAUGACAGCUCUCUCGGCCGUCACGUGAAUGCUGCGUCACGCAAAGGCUUAGACAUUCAAGCGUACUCUAUUACAAAACCAAGAACCCUUCAGUUUGAAGCGAAAAUUUGCUUGAAAAUUAGUUUUCAACUGCUCUAAUACGCCAUGAAAGUAAAAUCUCAGUAGGAUCGGUAGUUUUGUGGUUUGAAUUUUAGUGACGUCAUGUGAAAACCAUCAUUCAUUCAUUCAUCAUUCAUUCGACAAGCGCUCAUAUAGUGAGUUUGGGAUGCCUGUGGUUAAAAUAGUCACGCUAUCUGAACACAUGUAGAGACUUGUUCUCAAAAACUUUCAUGUACAAGAAGGAGAAUACGCGAGAAAAUGUGACGGUAUUACAAAGUAAAAUUCUGUAUUGUUUCAUCGUGCUUCUUUUUUUCUGCCAAAGGAGGACGAGGCAAACAACGUUACGGAAUAAACAAACCAAAGUCGACAAAUUUCGUUACUGGCAUUUUCUCAAAACGUAGAAGAAAAUGCUCUCCAGAAAGGAAAUCUUUUUAAAACGCUGUCAGUUUGAGUGUCUGAGCGUCAUCCUCUGAGAGAUAGGACAGACUCUCCCGCCCUCCCCAACUUAGUCGUACAGUUUAAGUGCUCCUAACAAUUGUUCAUCGUACUGUUUAUUUAUUUCUUCACAGAUUUCUGAUUUUGCGCAAGAAGCCUACUUCUUCAAAGCUGCAGUGCGCUGUAGUAGUGGCUGCUGGUCUUUUCAUUUGUCUUAUUCCAACAAUUUUUCCCACCGUUGGCGGAAAAAACAAAGCAGAGCCUCUCAAUGAGAAUGGCACCAUCUCCAGAAUCAUGUGGCCAGUCAUAUUCAUGCUCGGAUGUGUAAGAAAUAUCGAUAUUUAUCACAUGCAGAUUUCACUUGUGCUCUUUGGAUAGUCAACGAAAGCGUAGCGCCGAGAUGGCUAUAAUCAUCUCAUAUCCAAAAACUGCGAGUGGAAUAAUGGUAAUAUUAAAAACGUCCACAAAAUAUCGAGAAUUCUUCCCAAAUUUAGUUAUAAAAACAACCGAUUUUCGGCUUGUUGUUAAUUUUGAGUAGACGCGUACAAAUUUGGAGAGCAUGGUAUAAUCCCAUGGGCCCACACAAUCUGUGUGUGUAACAGAUUGCUCUUUUAUAGUAAACGGUAUUGGAUUUACCGUUUGUUUUACCUGCAGCGAUAUAUCACAAUCAAUGACUACAAACGUCCACUCAUACUGAGCUAUAUCUUGUUAGUUUUCAACAAAUCUUGUUUAAACUCGGCAAAUUGACUGAUUUUAAGGAACCUUUACAGCUGCCGUGUUGACGGUUUUCGCUCGCCUUUUCCUGUAGUAGCAAGUGCGCGAAGACUAGGAGGAUGGGACAAGAAAAUAAGACGGCAAUGUUCAUACCCCCUUCUCGCCGUCCCUCGUGUACUUUCUUUUGCUCUCCCCAGCCUCACAAGGCACGGAAAGGCCGCAGAAGACCGGGAGAGAGAGGACGUCACGAAGAGAGCCAUGGGAUAAAUUAUGACUUCUGAUUGGGUCAGUGGCAAUGCUAGUUAUGUUUUUCUUGUUUUCAUUUUACUUGUUUGUGAAAACUUUAGGUUCCAGAAGCUCUUAUGCGCGUCCUGGAAGAGCGAGGAGUAAAAAUAGAGAGUGACAAGUCGGGAGAACAAAUGAACUUGGUGCACUUUUUAUUUUGGACAUCCACCUAUGAACUUCUCUGUAUCGUGGCCUUGUUCUGGACAGAUAUUCUCCCGUGGUAUGGACACGUCGACGGCAUCAAGAACUUCGGGAAAAGGUAUAUAUUUUCCAAUCAUAGACUUACGGUUUUCUUUUGGUAGAAAACUUUAAAGCCGAUAGCCUGAGUAUUAGGCAGUUCUCGUGUUCUCGUGGGGGGAGAGGGUGGAGCGAGAAAUCUGCUCUCUCUAUCCCAUACCUCUCCUCAGCCUCACAAGGCACGGAAAGGCCGCAGAAGUACCGGUAUUUCUUAAUCAUGCUAGAGACAUGUUCCUAACUAAAUCGUGUCUCACGUUUGCAGUUGGUGGUCAGCAUUGCAAUGUUUCUUUGGUGGAGCAGGUUGUAGUGAAGCCCCAGGCCUUAGAGGAACCUUGUACAUUGCCACGCACAUUAUAUCUCACAUCGCUGGCGCAAAUCUGCUACGACAUGCGGAAGGAGCAACUUUGCUGGCUAUUGUCUCGGUGAGGAUUUGCUUUAAAAAGAACAACGAUCUUUGCUCUAGUUACCUAACAACGCUCCUUGCGAACUUGCGCAAAAUGAGUUAUGAAAGGGGAUUCGCCUCAUUUCCCCAGGGGGGGGGGGGGGGGUUACCCCUUUAUAAAACUUUUUAGGGUGGUGCGCCCCCCUGGGGGGGGGUUUUUUCCCCCCUUUUGGUUUAAAAAGGGUAACACAUUUUCUAUUUUUUUUUUUUUCAUCGUUUGUCUUUUUCACGAGAAACAGGGGGGUGUGCAACUGUUUUUUUUUUUUAUAUUACAACCCAGGGGGGGGGGGGGUGUACUCCCUUAUAUAAGCUAUAUAGGUAUGUGUCGCCCCAUCGGGUAGGGUUUUUUCGCCGCUUUGGUCUGAAAACGGGUAUACACUUUGCCUAUUUUGGUUUUUCAUCAGGUAUGCUUUUCAAGCGAACAAGGGGAGUGUGUGAACGUAUUUAUUGUAUCAAUUCCAAAUGAACAAGUUAAAAAAAGGAGAAAUAUUUUUUUGAUUUUAAAUAGGGUCGGGAUUAGGAGAACUGGGCAGCACACCCCCAACAAGAAUUCCCAGGAGUACUCCCCGGGUUCAUUUCAAACUCUGUCGCGAUUAUAUUAUACACUCACUGAUAGUAUAUCAGGUUGCCAAAGAGUUAUUGGCGCGCCUUUUCUCUCGACCCGACUGACAUCCCCUGGGUCUCCGAGGAUAAAGUUGGUGGCACCAUUGCUUUUUUCUCAGCUGUCUUUUCAGUCAAACCAAAAUCAAAAUAACACCUACAAAUCUGGCUUAAUCAAUACCUGAUAUUUUCUAUAUUUUUAUGUUUAGUCGCUCGUCACUCCACUGGGAUUCAUUUUCUGGACUUUAUUCCGUGAGAUUCCAUUCGAAUGGUACCCCGAGGUUCGCGCGAGCACCUGGUUCAGUAUUGGAGCGCUUGUCAUCAUGUUACCGGCCAUCUUUGCUUACAACAUGGGGUAAGAAUCUUUUUAAGGAAAAACCUGGGAAAGAGAAGUUGGGUGUCUUAAAUCUCACUAUUUCAGCUGACCUUGAUGGACUCAUCUGGUUCCUGAAGAAUUUCCAAUCUUGUAAAACCAGUUUUCAUGUUCUCUCUCGAGAUAUAACAUGACCUUACAACUUGCUUAACAAAAAAAAAAUACACAAUUUAAUUAGUGAAAGGCUAAGACCACCUCCAAAACAAAACAGUUACAGCAAGGAGCCAAAAAAGUGACCUUCUUUAAUUAACUCAGUAACACAUUCUUUCAUGCAGAGAUCAACCAAUCAGAAGUCGAGGACAGUUUCCAGUUGGCUUCUGAUUGGAUUAAAUCUGUACGAAAGAAUAUAACAUGAAUAAAUCAAAAGCGGUGACACUUUCGGGCUCCUUGCUGUAAUAUUAAUUUGUAAUAUCUUCUUACACUCUUGGACUGAAUUUCCGUCAAUACUAAUCGUCAAACGUCAAAAGUUCUAAACAGUUAACCGUGUCAACCAUCAAUUAAAAUUGGAAAAAAAUAACCACCAACCGUUUAAGCUGCCACCCCAUUGAGAAACGGUUUUUCUGAAGUAGUGGGCAGGAAAGUGAGCAGGCUGUUUUACACUCAAUCGCUUUUUCACUGCUUUCCCGCUUUCUUGGCUCGUCUGCACUGGCCGAGAAUCUGGCACAGGCUACCACAGUAUAUGCCAGUACAGACUCGUAUCCAGUCGCUUCUAGUUUCUGCCUCCUUCCCAAGAGCCUUUGCGUGCGUCAAAAUGCCUUUCCAUAUUCCUUUGCGAGAAUAGAUAAUAAGUGGCGACUGGGUACGAGUAUGAUGCCAGUAUCAAACGCACGCGGAGGUAUGGUACACUUAAACUGACCAAAUUAAGGGGCUGUUGUUACAUAAAGGGAGGAAUAUGCUAGCAACAAGAAGAUCCCUUGAAGGUGGAGAACUUUUCAUUGGGUUUACAUGCAGAGAUUUCGGUCCGUGUGGUUGACAGUAAAGAAUGAAUUAAAGAUUAAUGUUUACCCACUGAACGACCCGGACGCCAUUUUUGUGUGGUUUGUUCCUAGUACUAGGAAGAUCCUAGCGCUAGGGACAAUUGCAAGCAAAACGUUUUCCAUGUAAACUGAAUACAGAAAACAUCUGUUGCUAAGAUGAUCCGCUUAUCUUCCUGGUGCUAGGAUCUUCGCCCUUUAUGUAAACAGCCCUCAGUACUUGAAUCAAAGAAUUAGACACGGGCCCAUUGCGCGGAUAUGAUGGAACAAUAUCGAUCUUUUGAAUGGCCUAGUAACUCAAGAUGUUUCCUUAACUAUUUUAGGGCGCCAGAGAUUUCUUUGACCCCAGAUGGAAGCAAUCGUGAGGAGUUAUUCUGUAGCACCCAAUCUAGGGUGGAGCGCCAGCUAUCAAGAACCGGACCAGAAGAACCUCUCUUAUCUGACUCUAAACGACAACCCAGAUACAGCGUGUUUGAAGUUUAAAAUUGCGCCGUGCUGCUAGUGACUCCAGUGGCGGGAACUAAUCGUAGGCCCGUUUCAAACGUCCUGCUACUGCCGUGCCGAACCAAAUUGAUCGAAUUAAAUUCGACUUUAGCACGGCAGUAUCGCGACGUUUGAAACCAAGUCGUGCUACGGCCGUGUGGCACGGCAAGCUUUGCCGUGCUACACGGCAGUAGCUCGACUUGGUUUUAAACGACGCGCUACUGCCGCUCCGAACUCAAUUCAUAAAUUAUAAAUACAUUAGAAUACAUUUAAAAGUUUGCUAAACCGUUUCUUUAUUUUUGUGUUUUGUUUUCGGCAACAGCCGUCCUAUUCGACUGAAUCAAGAGCCAUAAUGGACUUGACUGAAUUAAAUUCGACGUCUGGAAGUCGUGCUAGUGUCGUGCUGCAGUCCAGCUACAGUCGAGCCAGCUUAGCACAACAGUAGCACGACGUUUGAAACAGGCCUUAUCCUCGCACUUGGAGUCAUACGAAACUGAAACUCUUAAUUGUGCGAAAAAGACCAAAUUUUUCUUUAACUACAAGGAUAAUAAAAAUGUGGGCACCGAAAUUACUCAAUGAACACACGACUGAAACGAAUAAAUUGAGUACUUAAAUAGCGAAACGUAUUCUAAAAGAUGGCUUUUAAGGGGAGGGGCCGCUAAGUGGAUUUGACACUCAUCCCCAGGCUUGACUCGGUACAUUUGAAAUCAAGAUGGCCGCCCGCGCGCCCACAACGCAAAGCGCCGGACUUUACGCGGAAAAAAUGGGGGACUUUGAAAGGUCUAGUUACAUCGAAAUCGGCUCCUAAUCAGACAAAGUGCACAGGAAGAAGCCGGUUUUGAUUUUUUGAGGGAAUAACAACACAAGCAGGAGACCACACAAAAAGAUUGUGUAUGUGGAUUUUUUUUCUUGAAAUAUGAUACAGCGUGAAAAAACAUGAACUCUGUGAACUCUCGCGGAAAUAAUUUUCUACAAACCACUAUCGCUUUUUCCCUUUUUGAUUCCCUCCUUCCUUGGAGUUAUGUUUUAGCAUCAUUUUUCAGAAGUUAUAAAGUUUUUCUUUGUCUUUUGACAACGUUAAAAUAAUGCAUCCAUAUAUGUGUGCAAUUUCCUUCUUGAAAUCUGAUACCGCACACUAGUUUAAUUUGUAUAUUUUAAAAACACCCUUCAUUUGUUUGGCGUGCUAUAAAGUUAGCUUAAGUUUGACAAAACAAACCCUAGUGUGUCUUUCUUUGCUAUAAUUAUUGAAUAUGCGUAGAUCCGUGACUUUAGACACGCUUAGCAUGAUGUACUAGCGCGUUGAAGCAUGCUGUCAUCUUUAGCAUCAAAAUCCUGUAGUGGGUCACGUAUGUUAAAAUAGACAUACGUCACUGAGCUUCAGCCAGUUAUGCAACAUGUAUUGCUGACUUCAAUACGAUCGACUACAACAAAACCCCGGCCUAUUUACGCUUGCAGUGUCCAAGCUAAAUAGAGACCACGUACUUGUAUUCUCAACUACUGAUCUUAUUUUACCGCCAAAAUGCCGACUCACUCAAAUCGACAUGAGCAUUAUGUUUCCUGCGAGGUCAUAUCAUCAAGCUCUGGCAAUGUUAAUGGAAGAAGCUGGAAAGGAGUAAAGAUAGCAUUUGUAAAACGUUCGGUGCCCCUUCUUUGGGCUAAUCUGUUCUUUGCUACUGUUUUGCUAAGUGCUGAAGUUGGUCAUAAAGUGGUCUUACCUUUGUGGGUUGACGCCGCAAAUGGCACCGUCACUGGCGCGACGAUGAAUCCUUAUUUUGCUUUAUCGUUCUCGUCUAUAGCUUUCUUUAUACUUUUUGGACUUGGAACAAUGUUCAUUCGAAUAUUUUGGCCCGGAGAUAUAGGCGAAACAGAAAAGCGUUUUCCUCGUCUUCUGCUGUUUUUAGUUGGAAGUUGUGAUGCCCUGAAUGGCGUGCUUAUUGUUUUUGCAAGCAAAGGAUCGAGGACACCGCCUUAUCUUCAGGCAAUUCUGGGAAACUUUCUUAUUCCACUGACUGUUUUAUUUAGGUGAGUGCGUUCAAAUCGGAGUUCACAUUUUAUUUUUUACAAAUACAUUGAUUGAACGCUUGCUACUUUUGAUACAUCUAGUAACAUUGCGUGACGUAGCGAGUAAAUGGGUUUAAUCCCCCUUAUCUUGGCUUAGUAUCGCGGAAAAAAAGAAAUAAAAUAAACUUGAUUGUGCUCUAUUUUGUGUUUCUGUGUCUUAUUGAAGCGAUCUGGGUUUGUUUUUUGAUCCUAUCACAACCUUCAAUUUGAAUGUCUAUGUUUCCCACAUGAACCCUAAAUCGCCACGUAACGCAAUAUUACGCGCACGUCUAGAUGUACAGAAAUGAGAAGCACCGCGGUAACUCGAACUCCCCGCUAACUUAAACUAAGUCCCAUUUCCCUUGCAUGUGACCCUACUUUACAGUCACUUUUGCUCGGAUAACUCGAAUUCACCGCUAACUCCAACUAAAUCUCGUUUCCCUUGAUCAAAAUUUACCUUGAUAACUCGAAUUCUGGUUCUUGGAACUCACCACGAAUGCCAUUCCAUUAGCUUUUCUUAUCGGUAAGAUCCCUAAGUAGGUGAGGUUCCUUUGACGCGAUCGAUGAAUAAAGUGAAACAAAGGUGUAUUACAACAAUAGUCUUAUUCGGGUUCGAAGGAACUGAUGACUAGCAACACAUAUUAAACGGUAGUUCACUUAUUAAAUGUCACACAAUCAAGAUUUGGCUAAGAUAUUCAACGGGCUAGUACUAGGAGGAAAGAUCAAACUAGUCCAGAAUAGUUGUAAUUUUAGUGUUAUUCACUUCGUAAUUGAUCUGGAACAUAUUCCAUAUUCACCUGACUGGGGCCCUCAUACGCAGGAUCUUUCUAGAGAAAGAGUCUCUGGGUUGUUCAAUUUACUGUCAACAAAGAAAGUCAAUGUAAUACUAAUUGUUGUUGUGGAAAGCACGCAUCUUCACUGCAAAGAGGUUUGUGAAUAUAUGUAUUAAUACAUGGGGGAAGUUUUAUUCCAAAAAGUUCCUAGCUGUUUGGUCAGUAAAGAUUUGUGAAUAAUACAUGUAAAAUGUUGAACUCUUUAAUUUCAGUGUCUAGCCUACAACUGUAUCAAUCAAGGUAGUCCUUAACAAUAUUUACUCAUGAGUCAUGUUGAGAUUAAAAAAAUCACGUUUUAUGUCCAAUCUGGACUUGUCAUUCACUUCAUAGUUGAUCUGUAAUAGUCUUACCUGCACAGAUCCUCCAUGUGCAUAUUUUUAUUUUUAUCUUUAUUGUUAAUAUUUUUUUUUUUUUUUUGGGGGGGGGGGUCAAAAUCCGUUGGAAUAUUUACUUUUUUAUUUAAAAUCUUCCUGCGGCCCCAACCCCCCCCCCCCCCCCCCUUUUCCAUUGCUCCUCCCCCUCACCCUCCCCUUUCUUCUCUUGACCUCUACAUGGUACUUUAGUGACGCUACCAUAUGAGGACAUUUUAUUUAUUAUUUUUAUGUUUAUGUCUUUCACUGCCCUUUCCUUCUUUUGUUUAUUUUUAUUUUUUUUUUUUUUUUUAAUAUUUUUUUUUUUUUUUUUUGGGGGGGGGGUGCAAAAUCCGUAGGAAUAUAUACAUUUUUAAUUAAAAUCUUCCUGCGGCCCCAACGCCCCCCCCCCCAUCACUUUUCCAAUGGUCCAUCCCUUACACUGUCCUAUUAGUGCUGAAGCCAUGAUCAGGACAGUUGAUAGCCAAUCAGAUUUGAGAAUUUUGUUAUAGUUAUGAUUAAGCGUGGAAGCGUGGUUUUAAGUGCUCCCAUCCACAAUCCAAGGAAAUAAAAAAAGAAUUGUUUAUGCUACUUUUUGCUUGUCUCUUCGCAGUUCUUUGAACCACGCAUCCCGUGGGGUUAAACGGGCUGUACGUGUCACGGCUACCUUGUUCAUUUUGUUUUUAAUGUCAGAUACGUGUCUUGUUUAUUCGCUAUGAAACUUGCGAAAUAACCUGUGAAUGGCAAAAUCACAGCUAUGUCGCCCAAGCAUUUUGUCAAACGUUACAAAGAACAAAAAUGAACUUUGAAAAACCGCAAUUGCAAUCCGUUUCAAUCUUCUUCAAGUUUGUCCAUCUAUGACUCCUUUUUUAUUUGUUGCGUGAUUUAUACCUUACUCUAACUUUUUGAUUGCUUUUUUUUAAGUUUCACUCAAUUUGGCGGCCGUUCCCUCUGUUUGAAUUUUGAUAAAUUUUAUGACACAACUCUCUUAAAGUAAUCUUAACAAUCGUUAAUUCUACUGUUUAUUUAUUUCUUCACAGAUUUCUGAUUUUACGCAAGAAGCCUACGUCUUUAAAGCUGCUAAGCGCUAUAGUCGUGGCGGCUGGUCUUUUCAUCAGUCUUAUUCCAACAAUUUUCCCAACAUUUGGUGGGAAAAACAAAGCCGAGCCUGCCAAUGAGAAUGGCACCAUCUCCAGAAUCAUGUGGCCAAUAAUAUUCAUGCUUGGAUCUGUAAGAAAUAUCGAUAUAUUAUACACCGUAUUCACAAAUGGCGGACACGCGGGAAAAAACUGGUGCCUAGUCAUGAAAGCGAGGCGUUGGAGGAUAAACAAAAAUUGCAAAUGAAGACUUUCAGUGAACUUCCAGAGUGUUUAGCACGGAUUCCACCUAAAAUAACUUUGUACGGACUUCUUUUUAAAUACAGUUACGUGGGAUGACUUCUGCUUUUAAUGUUUAGUAAUGAUUUGCUGUUUGCAAUCAAAAGGGACGAGUAUAUCUGCAAGGAAACAGGAUGAUUUUGUAGGUUUCCGAAGCAUCAGAAGCAGGACACGACAAGUGGGCGAUGGCUUGAGAAAAGCGGCAAACAUGUUGGCCCAGCUUCACACUGUAACCGAAUACGAAAGCCAGAUCACUACAAUUCUGUAAAACAGAAAUAAAAACAGAUAUUGGUGGCGAGAAAAAGAGAAAUAAGCGACGGAUAUAUGGCCACUGAAAACAGGUCAAGCUGAGAGCGGGUGAAAGAUUCAUUCACGAGGCUCAUUCAUUCAUGUUAGUGACAUCUUAUACAUAUCUAUGUAUAUAUGUAUGUCUGUAUUUACAACUUCCUUUGGAUCAUAUUAAUUCCGUCGCUUUGGAGCGAAUUGUUAGAGGUACGUUGGCAGAGCUUAGCAAAAAUCUCAUGAUUUCGUUGUCAUUGCGAAAUAAUUAAAAAUAAUUUUAUCAAAAUUAGAAGCUGUAGUGUGUGAAUCUUAUGGCUUGCUAUUUGCCUGGUCUCCUUUAGGGCAUUAUCUCAGAGAGCUCUUGGUAAAAAAAAGUGGUAUAAAGCUUACAUUUUACUAGGUUAAACUUUUAAGGCAAUGUUUGUGUCAGGACUGAACAUGGCAAGCUUCUGUUUCGAAUAAUUAAAUUCGAGUCUGGAUCCGUUUAAGAAGACCAUCAUUUUAUUUAUUUAUGUAUUCUUCAACUUUAAAAUAUAAUGGAACAUAAAGUUAAAACUCUUAACAGCCAACGAUAAGAAAUACGAAAUUACUCGCUGAAAUGAUGUGUCUGGCUUACCGAGUCUGCCGAGUAACAAGUUGAAAUUUUGAGCGUACUCCACUCGAUCGCUCCUGCAUUUAUAAUAAAAAAAAUAGUUAUAAUUGAUGUCCUUCGUUGAUAAAGACCAGAGAAUAACGUCCUGGCAAACAAAAAUCAAACAUAACUUCAUCGAAACCUCAGUCACCUCUUCUUUCCUGUCUUCCUUUUUUCCAUCUCGACUUGAACUGUUUUGUUCAACGGCAGACGUCUCUUGCGUUAACAAGUAGGCCAUGUAUCUGUCGCUUAUUUCUUUUUUCUUGCCACCAAGAUUUGUUUAUAUUUCUGUUUCACCGAAUUACAGUGAGCUGGCUUUCGUACUCGGUUUCAAUGUGAAGUUUGGGCCAACAUGUUUGCCGCUUUUCUCCAGUCAUCGUCCACCUGUCGAGCUUCUGAUGCUUCGGAAACCGACUCGAAAACCUACAAAAUCAUCCUGUUUCCUUGCAGAUAUACGCGUCCCUUUUGAUUGCAAACAGCAAGUCAUUACUAAACAUUAAAAGCAGAAGACAUCCCACGUAACUGUAUUUAAAAAGAAGUCCGUACAAAGUUAUUUUAGGUGGAAUCCGUGCUAAACACUCUGGAAGUUCACUGAAAGUCUUCAUUUGAAAUUUUUGUUUAUCCUCCAACGCCUCGCUUUCAUGACUAGGCACCAGUUUUUUCCCGCGUGUCCGCCAUUUGUGAAUACGGUGUAUAUCAAUGUACUGACGUAUUCAUUUACUUAUGUUCGCCUAUUCUUGGCAGGAUCACUGCAACAGCGCGUGGCGCCAAUUACUGCCGGCCCGUAACAGUUCCCUUCACCAUGAGAGAUACACCACACCACCGGGUUCUACGUCCCCUACUCUUAACGAACAGUAGCGGUUUUUUAAAGUUAAACCAGGACGUGUUUGGGUUAGCUAACGGUGAAAAUAUCAACAAGAGAAACUCGGUGUGAGUGAUGUUUUGGUGUCACUGAAACUAAACGGCUACGAUCAGUAACAGGCUUCAGGCCCAAUGAAAAACUGAACAACGCGCCGCUGGUUACCUAACACAAACAGGGCAUUCAACGGCACAUAAAAAACCCAAGGUCAGCUCUGACCUCCCAAACACGACCACCUGUGUAAAUCGCACAUUUUUGUUUUUCGUAAUUCAUGAUAGUUCACGCAUGUGUUAUUUCUAUUUCAUCCAAGGUAUUUCGAGAAUGGACCUCUGGAGCCAGGGAAGCCAAAGCCAAGAAAGAACGGAAUUAAACAAAUUCGCGAGCUAUUAGCUUAAACUCAAGCUCAGGCUUAAGAUCCAAAAAGGAAAACACUCACAUGCAAAAAAUCCUGACUGACCUUGACCAACUUAAUGAGACAAACACGAAAGUUAUAAGAUACCUAACAGCAGAUCUUAAAAACGUAUACCCCACUUUAAAAUGCUUUUCAACAUUAAAAGCCACCUCUGCUCACUCCCCUGAUCCCCUUUCUCACCGCUCCUCGCACGCAUUUUUUUUCGCUCUUCCCAUCCUCCCAUGGCAUGAAAAGGCCGCAGAAGACCGGAGGAGAGAAUGAAGUCGUCGCAAAGAGUAGCAUGGGAUAGAUCAUGAUUUCUGAUUGGGCAAGUGAUAAUAGUUAACCGAUCUUUUCUAGUUUUAAUUUGUGUCUGAAAAUUUUAGCUUCCAGAAGCUCUUAUGCGCGUCCUGGAAGAGCGAGGAGUAAAGACAGAGAGUGGCACAUCAGGAAAACAAAUCAACUUGGUAUACUUUUUGUUUUGGACAUCAACCUACGAGCUUCUCUGCAUCGUUGCCUUGUUCUGGACAGAUAUUCUCCCGUGGUAUGGAGAUGUCGACAGCAUCAAGAACUUUGGAAAAAGGUAUAUAUUUUUUAAUUGUAGGCCAACGGUUUUCUCUUUGUCUUUUGGGAAAAUAACUUAAAAAAUGCAGGUGACAGAAUGUUAUGUAAGGUAAUCCAGGACAGUCUUGGAUUCUGGCAGCCUUUUCCCAGUCGUCCUCGGUGAUUUGGGAUAUGACGUAACCUAUCAAGGUCGGUUCCAAGCCUCCUCUUAUAAUAGCGCGAACUGGCCUAGGUACGAGGCUGGGAUUCCGGAUUCCACACUCUGGAUUUAAUACGGAUUCCAAGUGCUGGGUUUCGGAUUCCUUCUCAGUGGAUUCCGGAUUCCAAUCGUAAGCGGGAUUCCGCAUUCCUUCAGCUCUUGUCCGUAUUCCACGAGCUAAAAUUUUUCGGAUUCCAGAUGCCACAAGCUUAAAGUUUCCGGAUUCCCGAGUCCGGAUCACCUUACUGGGACGAAACAUCUUCAAUCCUAAAAUAAAUUAUCGGUUGUAAACUAGGCUAAUGUGCCUCAAACAAACUUUGACUGGCAUAUCUGCUCGAGUCAUUUUAUCAUUUUCUCUGAUAUUUCAGAGUCUUAAGACUGGUUUUCCUAAAAAAUUCAGACAGACGCAUGGAAAAUUGAAAACUUGAAAAUUCAGCGCAACUACGUCCCUCUGUCCCUUUGCCAAGCAACAAAAACGAGCAACUUGUUUAGAACAUUGCUGCAAAACAGGUACACGGGAUUUGCGUCUCUUGCAGUAAAACAAAUUUGCCUUGGGCCUGUUAAACUUUCAACAUGAACUGAUUUUGUUGCGAAAGCUAAAACUACUGUCUUCCUACUAUAAUAGCUUUUGCACAACCUACAACCUGAUUUGUGGCAAGAAAGUUUGAUUUGUGGGUGGUCAAACGCGCAACAUCGCUAUUCAACUCGUUUUACACUCAAUGACCAAAACCAAGUUUUUGUUGCCCGUUUUAUCAUACCUGUUCCUGACUCGUGUCUCACGUUUGCAGUUGGUGGUCAGCAUUUCAAUGUUUCUUUGGUGGAGCAGGUUGUAGUGAAGCCCCAGGCCUUAGAGGAACCUUGUAUAUUGCCAUGCAUGUAAUAUCUCACCUCGCUGGCGCAAAUCUGCUACGACAUGCGGAAGGAGCUACUUUGCUGGCUAUUGUCACGGUGAGAGGCUUAGGUAAAAACAAAACAACAAGCUUUGCUUCCGUAAGGAGCUGGCUACACUGGUACCCGCGCACUAGUGGCUAGGGACAGGCAAAAAUGGUUGUGUUCACACCUUGGAUAGCCAAUAUGUGGCUGUAUAGAUUAUUUUCUACUACUAGAUGCCAUUAUGAAACUUUACUUUUAAUUAGCAAGCGAUACAAAGCAUUGGAACUAGCAAAAACGGUGUGCACACAAAGACUCGGUUACCACUAUUGUGCCCUAAAAUAAGAUGUCAACCUCGUACCCCACGCCCGAAUUCGGGCGUGGGUACUUAUGUGGGAAUGCUGCCUUUUACUUACAACGCUCCAACGGACUUGAGCAACCACGACGGCUUGCGAUGAUUGAGCAAAAUCGUCACUUAAGAAGGCGAUUUUCUCUGUUCUGUCGCUAUUAUUUCACCUCGUCCAAAUUAGUACUGAAUCUCAAAGGUUAGCAAAUUUUCCUGGGGUUGAAUAAUCAUUUUUGUUUUACAGCAGGAAAUUUUUUCCUGACAGCGCGCUCUCAUUGGUUACUUCGAGGUCACAUGACAUCUAACAAUGAAACUGUUUCCCGCCAAAAUCUCUGAGCGGGCAACAUUGUAAAAUCUAUGACGUUACAUCACGUCGGUGCACUAUUACGCGCGAAGGUUGCCUGACGACCGCCGUUACAGCGAGGUUUAGUGUAUUUCCAGCUUCUAAAUUUCCAGCUGUAUAACAGAUCACUUAAAGACUGGCCAAUUGGGAAACAGUUAAUUUUGUUUCCCUCGAAUUUCAAUGUUUCCGAAACAAACUUAACUGUUUUCCUCGGGACCGGUCAUUUAUAAGUGUUAAGUGUCUGAUCCAGUUUCAAAAAAAGAAAGAGAAUCGUUGCCUUGUGUUUACUUCCCCUAUAAAACGUCAAGUUAGGAAGUUUCACAUCGUAUUGUGCAGUGAAGGCAAUAGAAUGUUCCAAGAAGGGUGAUAAGUUCGUCGCCGUGUUUUUUUCUCCUACUGUCUAGUACUACGAGCAGCGAUGGAAAAGCCCAAGGGUAUACAUGGUCAUUUUUUACGCCGGUGUCGAUGCUUUGGCUGUGGUGGUUGCAUAGUUCUUUACCUGCCAUCAUUUCAAUCAAUACUUGAUCAGCCCAUGUUUUCGUUUGUUUUCUAGUCGCUGGUCACUCCUCUGGGAUUCAUUUUUUGGACUUUAUUCCGUGAAACUCCAUUCCAAUGGCACCCUGCAGUUCACGUGAGCACCUGGUUCAGUAUUGGCGCGCUUGUCAUCAUGGUACCGGCUAUUUUCGCUUACAACAAGGGGUAAGGAUUAAGUACUCUCUCAUCAUUGCUGAAUGUAGCCGGGUUAGGAAAGACGUUUUGUCAAAUUGGCCACUGCCAGAAAAGAAGUGCCGUAGAUAUAGGAAAAGUAUAAAAGCAUUUUUCACAGUAGCAGUAACAAAGGGAAAUGCAGAAUUUGCCAAUUAAGGAUGUGCUAUAUUUGUCUAGAUAACCCAUCUGACAGCCAUGAUUACACUAGACAGUAAGUAGUCCCUAUAUUUUGCUUGAUAAUCUGUGAGUGAGCGCGAUAUGCGAGUGCCCAAGCAGCAAAGCCGCCAGCAGCGAGUUGGGCAGGCGCCAGUGACGAGCGCCCGCACAACUCGCUGCUCGAGGGUUCGCCGCUCGCGCACUCGCAUAUCGCGCUCGCUCAAAGAAGACACUGUUCACACUCUCACUCUACACAACUCCUAACUCCUAACAAGUACCUAACGCAUUCAUAGGUAUAUCACAGCCCAAACAUAUGUGUCAAAGAAAAAAUAGAUGGCCCCAUAACGAUUAUGAUAAAACAUAUCGAUCUCUUGAAAGCCAAAUCAAGACAUUGUUUGCUUAUUUUUAGGGCGCCAGAGAUUUCCUUGAACCCAGAUGGAAGCAGUUGUGAUGAGAAACUCUGCAGUACCCGAUCUAGGUUGGAAUUCCAGCUAUCAAGAACCGGCCCAACAGAACCUCUCUUAUCUGAGUCUAAACGACAACCCAAAUACAGCGUGUUUGAAGCUUAAAAUUUUGCGGGGUACCAAUAUUGAUUCAAGUGGAAAUACCUUAUCCUCACAUUAGGUAUCAUGCGAAAUUGAGAAACCUUUAAUUUUGUGAAAGACCAAAUUCUCCUGAUUCUCUUUAACUGCGUAAGGAUAAUAAUGAAUAUUGGUAACACAAACGCUAGCGGGCUUGAGCAAAUGACUGAGACAAAUUAAUCAAUUGAAUAUAAAAAGGUUACGAAUUCCAACUAGCCGGAGGAGAAAACAAGAAGAACUUUCCCCAACUUGACCGGAGCUGAACGCAUAGAUCAGCGAAUUGUUGGGAACUUCGACUCUUGAUAGCCUUUUCACAGAUUUUUUUAUUAUUAUUUUCGGAAAUGUGCAGGCUGGUUGGAUGUUUCGAUGCGCCCGCGGUACUCCCCACCCAACGGCUAGGCGCACGGGUUUAGCUAUUGUUAAAAUUGACCAAUCAGAAGCCAUCCCGCAAAAUUUUGGCAGCCCCGCUGUCUUUUCACUUUAAAAGUAAUGCAUAAAUUAUGAGCGGGAAGCUAACGUAAACAAACAUGGCGGACGAUAAAGAAUUUCUUAGCGAGUUUAAAAAGGCUGUUCGUUCACCCUUGAGAGGUUUGGCAUUGAUAAUUUUAAGGAUAACCAGAUACUCCGGGAGUACCGCGGGCACAUCGAAACGCUCAAGGCUGGAGACUGAGGCCUAGACAAUCUGGUAAGCGCGCGACAGCGAGCGCGGAGCGCGAGAACGAGUGCUCGACGAUCUCUUAAGAGAAAAUAGAGAGUUUGUGUAGCCUCUUCACAGAUCCUCUGUUUUCUCCUCAAAGUCCGUCGAGCGCGGGUUAUAAAUAGAAUAUCGGUAAACCGCAGGGGAUUUAUUAACCGCCAGCGCAAGGGGGUAAUGGUGGGGGAAGAAGAAAACAGACGUUCUUUUUAUUUUUCUUUCUCGCCCGCUCUCUUCGCUCGCUGAUGUUUUCGAAAAGAACUAAAAGAAAAUUAAAACAACGUCUGUAUACAGGCCAAGUUUGUGAACUGAGAGGAAGUAAUUUUGUUUGCAUUUUAUUGUGAUUUAACUGUGAUUAAACACAACUCAUGAUUAAAACCGUACGCGCUCACCAACCCUGAAGUAAUCUAUAUUUUUUUUUCUGCGAUAACCCAACUUUAUUCAUUAUUUUUUAUCCUUCUUUCAACCACAUCUGAGAUGAUAGUCUAUGUUCUAAAAGCUCCUUUCCCUUUCCCUUCCCUCUCCUCGCGAUUUUUUCACCCUUUCCCCAAACAGAGAGCCUGUUCACAGGCAAUGUUUGAUGCGCUUUAUUACCUGGCCGGGUAGACUUGCCACAAGUCGACCUCUUGGCGAGCGGAGCGAGCCUUUUUUGGUUUUUGGCCGCAAAGCGGCCGACCGCGAGCGACGAAGUCGCGAGAGGUCGUCCCGCGCCAUAUGAAAUCCGGCGAAGGACUUUUUUGAAAGUCUCACUGGCCGGGAGCGCGAAAAAAGAGCAAGGUGAGAAAUCUUGCAUCGUCUCUCAUGUCAAAUUCAUCUUGUGUGAUUAUAUUCGUAAUUCUCUUGACCACUCUGUUUUACAAAGCAUUGAUAUUACAAGGAGAAAUUUGAUGCUGAUCACUCUUAGGGAUUAAAGGGUUAAACUAGAAAAAAGAGGAUUUGUUGUACCUACAAGGCAUUUACACCUGCUAGUACGUCACUUGCUCCUUCAUUUUGUCCUUAACUGGUAAAGUCUGUUUUGGAGGAUUCGUAGUGUGGAUUUAACAAAGGUUUCUUUCAAUGAGAGGUUAUGUGGUCUUGUGCUGUACAGUGAUUUCCUGUGGAUUCUUCUCUUUGCUCUAUCAGAAAUUGACCGCAGGGGCGGAUCUAGGGGGAGGGUGCAGGGGGUGCGCACCCCCCCCCCCUCCUCUGAGAUGACCUGCGGUUUUCUAAUACAACUAGUAUUCUGCAAAAAUAAACUAUGUGGUUUAUUGGUGUUGAAGUAGAGCAAGAGACGAGUGCACCCCCUCCUAAAAAAAAUCCUGGAUCCGCCCCUGUGACCUCUGAUCGCUAGCUGUAGGUGUAACGAUUUUCCUUUCUCGCUUUUAAAAGCGGCCCAUUAACCUUUAGGGUUUGGUUCCAAAGUUUUCUGCAAAGUGUUGGAUCUGAAUUGUCAGUUUAACAGUAUGACAGGGUAUGAGAUUCCCUGCUAUAGUUUUGACAUGCUCUGACCCAGCUUUUUUUUGUUUUCGUUUUCUGGCGAAAGCGGUACAACCGUUUCUGACUGGACGCAUUUAUCGGACCGUUUCAGAGAAUGCGAAUUCUCGUUUUCGAAUUGCCCGUUAAACAGCCAAUUACAAAGGGUGGAUCUCUGAUCCACGUGUGCUUGAAGGAGAUGAAGAUACAUAUUGUAAUUUUUUUUUUGAGCAUCCCUUUGUCUUUGAACAUGGUUUAAAUUAUCUGCUGUUUUCUGUGGCAAAAAGGAAUAAUCGCGGCAUAAGAGAGGCACCCCUCUUAUGCACAUCUACCGUCUAACAGAUAAUAAUAAAGUUGUCUCUUUGCAAAAAAUAAUCAAUUUUGAAGUUCCAAAAUUUGAAAAAAAUAUCCAUGUUUUUCUAAACAUUUGUAAUACAGUCUCAGACAACCGAGUUCUCCAACGCCCCCCCCCCCCCCCCCCCCCCCCCCCCCCCCCCCCCCCCCCCCCCCCCACCCCCCCCCCCCCUUCCCCUUACCCCCUACCCAGCCGUACUUCUCCGGUCUCAUUUGGUCCGCCUCCUCUUUGGAUCGCACCUCCCCGUAAAAAAACCUGGCUACGGCCUACUCCUCUGCGCCAAAAACGCUCGUUAUCUCGAUGAAUACAUGUAGUACGCCGCUGCACAAUGACUUAAUAUUCCGGUCAGUGUAAAACGCAGACUGCGGACCAGGGAUAAAAUGCAGACUGAGUGUAAAACUGCAGACUGCAGACUGAGAGUAGGCUGGGUGCAAAACGCAGAAUGAAGACUGUAGACUUUUUAAACAUUUGUGCUCCUUGUUCUCCAAAUAGGUGAAAUAGCGAGCUGGUAUCAGUUAAAUACGUCAGUUACACACCUCGCUUCCUAGUCCAAAUUUCCAAAUUUCCUGCAGAUCAUCUUUCUUUGUUGUUGGAAUGAUUUACAGUGAAACCUGUAUUAAGCGGACGCCCUCGGGUAAUGCUGUAGUGUCCGCUUAAUACAGGGUGUCCCCCUAAUACAGGUUUCAAUAGACAACGUCAAAUGAGGUGUCAAAUGCCAUUCAAAUGAACAGUAGAAACGUUUAGAACAUUCCCAGAGACUAUGACGAUAUACGUUUGCAUUAGGUAAUUUCUAUAUCAAAGUGGACCAAUUAAUCAUAGUACCAUAAACAUAGAUUGCAACUCAAAUUUGAAGAAAUCAAAAAUGAGUGAACAAGCUCUGUACAAACAAAACGAAAUAGAAAACAAUACUGUACUGUGAAACUAAUAAAAUAAGUUCGUCAAGUCACGUUUUUCAAUGUAAAAAUCGAAAAAUUUGUAGGUGGCAAUUCGAGGCAAUCUUUCGCAUUUCCGGUGACUGGCUAGCCUCCCACACAGGCGUUUUUAGGGGAGCCCGUCUUUCAUCCCUCCCCACAAACAAGCUCCCGUAAAAACGCCUGCGUGGGAGGCUAGUGAUUGGCAUGUUGGGUGGUGGAAUUGAAUUAAUGCAGGUUGGCAACAAUAGAAAUGACCAUUUCAGGUACUUUUUAGGCGUCCGCGUCCGCGUCCGCGUCCGCUUAGUGUCCGCUUAAAAAGGUUUCAUUUAAAGUAAAUGAGGGAAAUAAAUUUUGGGACUUCGGUUCACUUUCCGCUUAAUACAGGCUAUAUAGGUAGUUUUGUAUCUAACAGGAAAGAGAAAAAAUUAACGAAACAAAAUGGAGUAUUUUGCUGGCCAGGGCCCGCGCUCUUAUUCUUUAUAUUUCGAUUUAAACAUUUGAUUUCGGGCCCGAAAAGUUACCGGGACUUUCGAGAAAUGGGCCCCAGGGGCGGUUCCUGGCUAUCAAACUACUCCAUUUUGUUUCGUUAACUGAUACAGUGGACUCCCGAUAACUCGAACCAUCGCUAACUCGAACCUCGCGCUAACUCGAACCAAAAUCGAUUUCCCCCGGAUUUCCGUCAUACAUUUACUCAGGGGCACCCAACGAGAAUAUAGUUCAAAACCACUUAAACAUAGCAUUGUUAAACGUAUUUUAGUAUUUAAACGGUAGAUAUAGGCAUAUUUUUAUCCCCUAAAAAUUUUUCAUCUGUUCGGAUUUCCUAGCUGAAAAUCUAGUGAUCCGAAAAUUAUAGGGAUCAAAACUUACCUUUUCGAAAACUCCAGCCAGAAAAAAGGCUCCCGAAAUUUCUAGGUGACCUUUUUAGGGUAAAAAUCCGUUAAAAAUAGGCAAUUAUACCAUUUUUUAGAUGUUCGAAAAUCCUAGGAGAGGCAAGCAAGCAAGAAAUUUUACACAAAAAGGUUCCGAAAAUUCUAGAUCUCAAAUCGUCUUCCGAACAGAUAUUUUCCGAAAAUUGUCGUUGGUGCCCCUGUUUACUGUAAUUUUACCCUCGGUAACUCGAACCCUCGAUAACUCGAACUCCCGCUAACUCGAACCAAUUUUCGUUUCCCCUCAGGUCAUUUUCUAUAUAAUUUUAACCUCGAUAACUCGAACCAUGUUUUGAGCCCUUGAAAAUUCGGGAAAAAAGCCGUGUACUGGUGUCCGAAACAUUGAAUUUUGGAUUUCCUAUUAGCGUGUUGUAGGAGGCUGAUGUUGAUUGUCACAGGCUAACGUGAAGCAGCUUUACUUCUCAAAACAGUAAAACGCAUGCUCUAUUUAGGCUAUGUUUUGUUACGUUACGUUCUGAUUUAUAAUCUAGAAGUAUCUUUUAAUUUUCACUUGACAUUUCUACAAUUAAAUGUGGUUCAAAUGUUCACUGUGCAGUAAAAACUGUUUUUUACCUUACUCUCGGCUAUUUUCUUCGAGUUCCCGAUAACUCGAACUCCCGAUAACUCGAACUUUUUUCGAUUUCCCUUGAAGGUUCGAGUUAUCGGGAGUCGACUGUAGUUUUAUCAUGUAAGAUGCAAAACUAUUGAAAUUUCUAUAAACAACAACAGCAAACAAUUACCAGUCCGGAAUAUCCCUAAAUUUAAGGACAGGGCCAACUGGUCACGCGACACUUUUCAACCAAUGAGAAGGCGCGCUUGUGUUUAUCAACAAACAAAUCAAAACAUCGCCCCAGUGAUCAAAAAUUUUCAAAACAACGGACGGAGUCGGGCAGAAUCAGUCAUCGUUUCGAGGUUCUCAGGCAUAUUUUUAAGACUUUUCAUGAGGCAUACACAAUUUUUUUAAGUGGACAGCGUAUCGGAAGCCAUAUUGGAACUGUCUCGUGAAAUAUUCAGCACAUUUUGUGGCUUAUUCUUCUUUUAUCUUUUAAACAACGCGAUGUAUAGGAGAGAUUUUGGUCGGCUUUCAAGGUAGGUGAACAAGUAUCUAUUAUUUUUUCGAUUCACAGAUUUUUUUUACGAAGUUCUAGAUAUUUUUCCUCGAUUGUCAGAUUGCCUAACUUUUAUCAUGUUGAAUGUGGGGGUGGCAGACGACCUAGAAGUUUGGUAGACAAUUUUUGAAUUCCGAGGUCCAAAACACGUACGUUUUCCACUCCCGGGUUUCUCACAAAAGCAGUGUUAUUACUUUUUUUCGCAUUAGUACGAGCCUUUGCCUUUUUUUUCAAGGCCAAAACAACUUUAUUAGUCUUAUGGAUAUUCACGUCCAACAUCUCGCCUCACUUUGCCGAAUUUGCGGUUAUGAAAUUGAAGAUCAUAAGCGCAAGGUAGAUACUAACCGCUUUGUUUAUGAAAUUCACUAAUCUGGAAAGAUUUAAUGUUGUUGGAUUCUCCAAAUGUUCAUCUGCCGUUAAAAAACAAUCAAAGAAACAAGGCAAAUCUCAAUUGUAAAGGCUGUAUUUCGCUACUCAUUGAACAUGCACUGAUUAUCUGGGAUAAAAUUAAAACAUUGCAGGUACUACAGCAAGCAAAGAAAGCACCAGAUGCGUGAAGUCAACAUGAAACAACACAAAAAAACAAACAAGAAAAAUUAAUAAAUUUGAACCAC